UGUAUCGCCCACGAUUGGUUUAGGCCAAGUUAAGGCUAUCCGACAUAUAUUCUUUCACACCAUUUAGAUCAAUCUCCCAUAAUAUAACUAAAUUAAAUUCCGUAAAAAUCUGUUUCCGCAAAACUUAGAUCCCAGGACCAAGAGCUCUGGGGCGAGGAUGUAUUCCCCCCCCCAAAAAAAGAAAAACUCAAUUUCUCAAUUUCAAUUUUGAGAGGAUAGUAAUCUUUUUUUAUAUAAAUGAAAAUAUAUACUUAUUCAAAUAAAUACAAAAAAAUAAUUAAGAAAGAGGGUAUAUAAAUUAUUUUUGAAAUGGGGUUCAAUUUCAAAUACAACGGAAAUGCUUUCUUCGUGUAAAUCAAUCCCUAUAGCUUUUUACGUUCUUUUUACAUUGAAUAAGAACCUGUCUAAAAGGUGUUUUUUUUCUCAAAAAUAUGUACAUACAUGAAAUUUUGUUCACAGCUGAUUUUUACAAUACGAUAGUAAAAAUAAAUUAAAGCAAAAAGUAAAAGAUGAAAAAAAAAAGAAAAAUAUACACAUAUAAACAUCUGUGAACUACUGAAAUAUGAACAAUAUAAAAGUGAGACACUUUUUCAACGUUUUCCCAAUUUUACCAAGAAAAACAAAAAAACAACUGGAAAACGAAUUCUUCUUUUACUUAAUAUUUUUUGGUUUGAAACAGUUUCCUUGUAAUUGGGAAAACUUUUAACAAACUCACUAACAAACGGGAUAGUUUGCAGAAAUAAUUCACUAAAAAAGCAUCUCCACAGGAGAGUGUAUAGCUUAAACCAGAACUCCAUUUAUUUUCUUAUUCGAAUGCGAGGUAAUUUUCCAUCUCUUAUGAAUGUUACUACUUUGGAAAGAGAAAGAAGCAAAAUUUUCGUAAAAAAGAAUUGAAUCAAAUGAGUCAUAAAAAAAUUAGAUUUUUUAUCGGUGAGUAUAUUACUUGGAUUAUGACGCAAUGAUCCUUGAUGGAGAAAACGCUGAAUGUGCUGUUUUGCCUGCAAGCUGGAAUAUAACACGUCGUGUGAGAAGUCGGGUUAAUGACGUUGAUGCAGAUGACGAUAGAACGAAUUCAAACGCUUCCCUGAAUGAAUUGAAGCAACCUGUACGUAGCUACAGAUGUCAAACCAACCUGUCAUCUAUAACAACGUUUGGAAACAUUAACUUGCUCGAAUACGAAAAGGAGAAAAAGAAAAAAGACCGUUCUCUAUUUAUUUUUGCAGAAGAUAACAUUAUUCGAAAAUCGUGUAAAAGAAUUGUGGAAAACAAAGUAUUUGAAUAUUUCAUGUUGCUGACUAUCGCUGCAAAUUGUGUUGUUCUCAUGAUCGCUACACCCCUGCCUAACGACGACACAUCAACGUUAAACAAGAGACUGGACCAGGGUGACUCUGCUUUUGUUGCAGUGUUCGUAAUGGAAGCAGUUUUAAAGAUCAUCGCGUACGGAUUCAUACUGCACGAGGACGCGUAUCUGAAGAGUGGAUGGAAUAUUCUCGACUUUAUAGUUGUUGUUGUCGGUUUAGUUCAAGUUUUAACAGCCCUGGGAGAUUCUUCUGCUUCGAAGCACUCUGAAGCGAUUCGUGCUUUACGUGCCGUUCGUGUGUUACGACCGCUCAAACUUGUUUCAGGGGUUCCAAGUUUGCAAGUGCUGAUGAAGUCUUUAAUAAGAGCAAUGGUACCUCUGCUACAAAUUCUCCUCCUUGUGUUGUUCGUCAUCAUCAUAUAUUCAAUUGUUGGUUUGGAACUUCUCAGGGGAAGAUAUCAUUACACGUGCUUUUCAAAUGAAACCGGACAGUUGAUACUCCCAAAAUAUUCUUCCAAACCUCGCCCAUGCGACUAUACAAUUGGAUGGGGAAGAAAAUGCAACAAUGGAGAGACUUGCAGGAGAGCAUCACCUGAAGAGUGGAGUGGACCUAACAAUGGCAUAACAACGUUUGACAAUAUGUUUUUAUCCAUGCUAACAGUUUUUCAGUGUAUAACAUUGGAGGGCUGGUCAGAAAUUCUCUACUUGACUAUGGACUCUCGAGACAGAGAUUAUCCAAUUGUGACAUGGAGUGCAUUCAUACUGCUUAUAGUGGUUGGUUCGUUUUUUAUGUUGAAUUUAGUGCUGGGAGUUCUAAGUGGAGAAUUUGCCAAGGAGAGAGAACGUGUGGAAAAUAGAAAAUCAUUUUUAAAGCUGAGGAAACUACGUCAGAUUGAACGGCAAGUUGAUCAUUAUCUUCACUGGAUUAGUAAGGCAGAAGAAAUUAUUGAUGAUGAUGACAAUGAUAAUGAUGAUGACAACAUUGAAGGUGAAGAUAACAUCACUGGCAAUGAAAAUGUGAUUGAAACAGAUGAUAAUGGAGCUAGAACAGGUGCAACUAACAGGAUCAAGCACUGUAAUAAUACAGAUGAAAGAACAAAAAGAGGAUCUCCAAAGUCAAAAAAGAAAAGGAAAUGUAUUUCUUUGCACAAAAUGGAACGCAAAUUUCGUGUGAAAAUUCGUCAUUUAAUAAAAAGUAAGGUGUUUUAUUGGCUGGUUCUUCUGCUGGUAUUCCUGAACACAGUUUCCAUGUCUUUUAACCACUAUGGACAAGAUGAAGAAAUUAUAGAAAUUCUAGAUAUCACUGAAUUGGUUUUUACAACAACUUUCUUUGUGGAAAUGUUAUUACGAAUUUUUGGGCUUGGAUACCGUGAUUACUUUCGUUCAGCAUUCAAUGUGUAUGAUUUUAUUAUUGUCUGGCUUAGCAUUGCUGAUCUCUUAUAUAAACAUUUACAAAACACUGGCAGUAUUGGCGUCAGUGUUCUCCGAUCUGUACGCUUGCUUAGAAUAUUUAAAGUUACACGGUUUUGGAGUUCAAUGCAAAACGUGAUAUCUUCUUUAAUGAAUUCGAUUCGUUCUAUUUUGAGUCUCAUUUUACUGUUGUUACUUUUUAUCUUCAUAUUUGCUCUGCUGGGAAUGCAAUUGUUUGGCGGGCAAUUUCACAGUAUACAUAAGGGAAAGUCAAGAACAAGUUUUGAUAAUUUUCCAAAAGCUAUGCUUGCAGUAUUUCAGAUCAUGACAGGUGAAGACUGGAACUCAGUUAUGUAUAGGGGCAUAACGGCAUUUGGUGGGCCAAAGUCAGUGCGUGGAAUGCUUGCUUCACUUUAUUUUAUUUCACUUGUAAUACUUGGUAACUACACUUUGCUAAAUGUUUUUUUGGCUAUCGCAGUUGAUAACUUAGCUAAUGCACAAGUGUUAACUAAGGAUGAGGAGGAAGAACUUCGUAGAGCUGAAGAGCAAAAAAGAUUACUAAACAUUAUGUUCAGUCCUAUUGUUGACAACCGUAAACAGAGCAAAUGGACAAAGGUUCGAUCUGUUCCCAAAAUGCUUAUGUUUACAAAACAGAAAGACCAUGAGGAAAAUCCGUUUAAGGGAAUCACAUACAAAGGACGACCUCCAAAUUUGUUAAGAGCACGGAGUGAAUCAGACUCAGGUCAACAGAUUGAUAACGAUAUUCUGCAGAAAACUGUUUUAAAAGCUCAAGCAAAAUUUAAAAACGCAGAAAUGCCGGAAUCUCCAAGUUCAAAUCAGAAAAUAUUUACACAGUGGUCUGUUGAAAGUGGAUCAAAAUGGCCCAUUCGUUCUCUUUCAAAUGACAGCGAGACUUCCAAUCAGAAACAGACUGUUACGGUAAAUCAAAAUGCUAAUGCUACAGAACAAAGUGAGUCAACGACAGACUUACCACUGAAUUUACUGCCGUUGCCUGGCACUGCAUUUGAAUUCUCGUUCAAUUCAAAGAUUCUCCGCAGACGACAGCUUACAUCAACAAAAGUUAUCAAUACAAGAUCUUUGUUUCUAUUUUCCCCAUCAAGCAGGAUAAGAACAUGGUGUCACAAAUUAGUCAACAUGAAGCAUUUUGAACACAUCAUGUUAUUUUUCAUUUUGUUAAGCAGUUUAUGCCUUGCUCUGGAAGAUCCCAGAAACAGUCAAUCUGAAACUAACAGGAUGCUUUAUUUCAUUGAUAUUGGAUUCGUUACAAUAUUUACGUUCGAAAUUAUUGUUAAGUUGAUUGAUCAAGGUGCUGUGUUACAUAAGGGAUCGUUUUUGCGUGAUUGGUGGAAUGUAAUCGAUACGUUGGUUGUGACAUGCAAUAUUGCAGCAACUGUACUUAUGCUGGGUCAGAAUGAAGACAUCAAUUCCACCAUUGGUGAAAGCACCUUAAAAGCAAUGCGCAUUCUAAGAGUUUUUCGACCACUUCGAGUUGUUAACAAAUUAAAAGGAUUAAAGGUUGUUUUCCAGUGUGUCGUAUUCUCAUUGAAACGUGUUUUAAACAUCAUCAUCAUUGCUGUGCUUUGUUUGUUUAUGUUUGCUGUCAUUGGAGUUCAUCUUUUUCAGGGAAAAUUUCACUACUGUACUGACUCAACCAAACUGACAGCUGAAGAAUGUCAGGGACAUUUUUACUACUUCAACGACCCUGUAAACAAUCCUGAUUUGUUCUCUAUUGAGAAAAGGGAAUGGAAGAACUACCCCUUUCAUUUUGAUCACGUGUUAAGAGCAAUGUUGACAUUGUUUUCAUGUGGUACUGGCGAAGGUUGGCCAAUUGUUAUGGAAAAAUCUAUUGAUGCGACGAAAAUGGAUGAAGGUCCAAUUCCAGAUAACAACAUGUUUAUGAGUCUCUACUAUGUAUGUUUUGUUGUCAUCUUCUCCUUCUUCUUUUUAAACAUCUUUGUUGCACUUAUCAUCGUCACUUUUCAAGAACAAGGUGAGAAAGAAAUAACUGGCUGUGAGCUCGAUAAAAACCAGAGAGCUUGUCUCCAUUUUGUGCUGAACGCGAAACCACGUCAAAGGUUCAUGCCACAAGACAAGAGUGGUUUAUCUUACAAAAUUUGGCGUGUUGUGGAUUCAAAACCAUUUGAGAUUGUCAUUAUGACUCUUAUCGCUGGAAACGCCAUUGUUCUCAUGCUAUCAGAAGAUGAACAGAAUAAAGAUAGCGUUCGAAUAUUGGUCCACGUGAAUCUGGCUUUCACUUUUAUUUUUACUUUGGAAGCCAUGUUGAAAUUGAUGGCAUACAAACUUAAUUACUUCCGGGAUAGUUGGAACGUCUUCGACUUUUGUAUAGUGUUAGUGACAUUAGUGGGGGCUAUCAUUAACAUAACAAAUAAGGACUUUCCAAUCGACCCUUCUUUCUUCCGACUGUUCAGAGCAUUCCGGUUACUAAAGUUGCUUCGACAAGGUUACAACAUUCGGAUAUUGUUGUGGACGUUUCUUCAAUCGUUAAGAGCACUCCCAUACGUCGUUCUUUUGAUAGCGAUGUUGUUUUUCAUUUACGCUAUCAUUGGAAUGCAGUUAUUUAGCAAGGUCGCUCUUGACAACCGAAGACAAAUCAACGAAUACAACAAUUUUCAGGGGUUUUUAAGCGCACUGGGCGUUUUAUUCCGAUGUGGAACCGGUGAGGCGUGGCACUUAGUAAUGUUGGAUUGCUUCGAUCAUGCUCUAUGCUACAAUGAUAAUAAUUUAAGAUGCGGUUCAACUGUGGCGUCUGUCAUCUACUUCUGUUCCUUUUAUUUUUUCUAUGCUUUUCUGCUGCUAAAUCUUUUCGUUGCCGUCAUAAUGGACAAUUUUGAUUAUCUAACAAGAGAUGAGAGUAUUCUUGGGCCUCACCAUAUGGAUGAGUUUAUGAGGGUGUGGUCGGAAUACGACCCUUCUGCAGCAGGUCGAAUUCCACACGAAGAUAUAUAUCAGUUGAUGUGUGAUAUGCAACCUCCAGUUGGUUUUGGUAAAAAAUGUCCACGCUUUCUCGCAUACAAGCGUUUGAUGAAGUUAAACAUGCCGAUAUCAGGAGACAAUACUGUCUCGUUCACUCCAACUAUCUUUGCGUUAGUUCGGACUUCACUUAACAUGACACAUCAUGAAAAGGAAUGCUUUCGUGAUAAUAAUUUUCGUAAAAUCAUUAAAAGAAUAUGGCCAAACGCGACGCAGAAAACGUUGGAUAUGAUGAUGCCAGAACAAACAGUACUAAGCGGACAACAAAUAACUAUCGGGAAAAUAUACGCAGCUAAACUUAUCUAUGAAAGCUUCAAAGAGAUCAAACGAAGAAAGAAUUGUACGCUGCCACAGUUUGAGAUGUUUGAAGCCACGCACAGGCGCGGAAAUUCAUUCUUCCGUAAAAUGAUGGGUGUUCUACGUACGUCGUCGCAACCGUUAGUGAUGGAUAAAGCUCUCCGACCUCGCGAAGAAUACUUAACACAGCGGCGUCGCUCAAACACUUUUAGUAACACAUCCACACAUGAAGGGCUUAAAGAGGAAGCGAGGCCAUCGGUACGGGGUCGUUCUGUAAGUACAGUGAAUCGGCCUGUUGAACUCUUCGCUCCAAGAAUUCGUAAAAACACUCUUCCGUUGCUACAUCAUAACUUCUCUACUCAAAGCAUGGAAGUAAUACGAAAUGAAAGCGUGAUACCGCGAAAGUCAACUAUAAUAGAAGACAAGAAUGAUGACAUGCACGAAGAAGAGAAAGAAGAAGAAAAAAGUGACGAAGAAAAAAAAGAAAUGGCGCAAGUCUUACAAAAUAAAACAAACACAUUAACAGAUAGUUUAAUAACAGCUCUUCGUGAUCCAGCCAAACCAAUACUAUGUUUUGUUAAUCCGCAAAUCCAUCGAGAAGAUAAUCGGGGCCAAAGCGACGCUGAACGUGAGAAUAACUCCGCUAGAACGAACGAAAACAAUCUUGAAAGAAGACAUUCAAAUCCGCGCAUGCGCCAAAAAAGAGUGACAGUUUCCCUGCCUAUGAUUCAGUUAGAAAUUCCGGUUGAACGAGACAGCGAUUUUAUAGAUAUUGGAAGCAGACAUAGAAAUAGUAAUUUACCGAAUGAACACGAAAACAUUCAUAACGAUGUGCCAGAUUUAAUAAAAUCGACACAAAGAUCUAGAAGACCUGGGGUUCAUUCGAGGUCGUCAUCUGAUAGCGUGACGGUCGAUGUUCUUGACGACAUUAACGCGUCAUCGUCUUCUUCUGAUUCUGAACAUAAAAGUGAACUUGAAAGUGAAGCGAGUAGAGAAAGUACGGCAGACGAUUCUUGUUCGAGUAACCGAUCAGAGGAGAUUCUACGCGAAUUGAAUAAUCAUUUAAAUAAAGCAAUGAGUGACGGUGUUCAACCUCAUUGGAUAUAUAAAAUAAAUGAAGAUGAUGAAGACACGUGGUGCUAGUGUAACUCGGCCUACUGUAAAUAAUCUAGUAUUUUUUGAAUAAUGCAAGUGUGUAAAAAGACUUUAAUUUUGACCUGAUUUUUUAUAUAUUUAUUUUUUGAAAAUCCAACAUUGAUAA